GGGUGGGGAAAGACACUCUGUUAUACAGCAUCUUCAGUGCUUCCCUCAGAGGGAGGCAGAGACACUUUGAAGGGCUGACUAUAAGGACACAUACCAAGUGUCUUUUUAAAUAGUCACUAGAGCUGAGGGGGGAGGGGAACAGGAACAGGCUUGUAACCACAACUCAGUUGGACUUGUAUCCGAGAAGUCAGAUGCCAUGGAUUGGCUCCCUCACCGAACGGCUGCUUUUCUGUUCCUUUUGUUGGUACUCUUGGAUUUCAGCACAGGAUUUCAUGUAGAGGUAAAAGAAUGGGAUGAAAAUGGAACGGCAAGAUGGAAAACCUUCAGAAGACAAAAACGUGAAUGGAUCAAAUUUGCCGCAGCUUGUAGAGAAGGAGAAGAUAAUUCUAAGAGGAAUCCAAUUGCCAGAAUCCGAUCAGACUGUGAAGAAAACAAUCCAGUCACAUACAGCAUCUCUGGAGUUGGAAUUGAUCGUGCACCCUUUGGAAUAUUUGUUGUUAACCCGAGAACAGGAGAAAUUAAUAUAACCUCAAUAGUGGAUAGGGAAGUAACCCCAGUAUUCGUUAUACGUUGCUUUGCCAAACACUCAGUGACAGGUAUGGAUUUGGAACCACCUCUUGAACUUCGAGUCAGAGUUCUGGAUAUAAAUGACAACCCUCCUGUAUUUGCACAAACUGUAUUUACAGGAUCUAUUGAAGAGAGCAGUAUGGACAACACACUGGUGAUGAAAAUCAUUGCAACAGAUGCGGAUGAACCUAAUCACUUGAAUUCUAAAAUUGCCUUCAAGAUAGAGAGUCAGGAACCUUCAGGUCCACCCAUGUUCAUUAUGAAUAAAUAUACUGGAGAACUCCAUCUUGCCAAUUACCUUGACAGAGAGCAACAUAGUAGCUACACUCUUGUUGUGAAGGCAUCAGACCGGGAUGGAGCUGCAGAUGGAAUAUCAUCCCUUUGUAGCUGUAACGUCAAAGUGAUUGAUGUCAAUGACAACUUUCCAACUCUUGCUCAAAGCUCUUUUUCAGCAAGUAUUUCAGAAAAUUCACUCAGUUCAGAACUGCUACGAAUACAAGCUCUGGAUGCUGAUGAAGAGUUUACAGACAAUUGGUUAGCAGAGUUUUUCUUUAUAUCCGGUAAUGAAGACAACUGUUUUGAAAUUGUUACAGAUCGAGCUACAAAUCAAGGAAUCCUUAGAGUAAUUAAGGAAUUGGAUUAUGAACAGCUCCGAACCCACUCACUGAUGAUUGGUGUUAGGAACGUAGCUGCCUUCCACCACUCUGUUGCACAAGAGUACCAAAUAUAUGGAACACCCCUCACAAUAGAAGUAAAAAAUAUGAUUGAACCACCGAGGUUUCACCCGUCUUCAGUCGUGUUUUCUCUAUCAGAAGGCACAAGAGUGAAUCAUGUUAUAGGAACAUACACAGCCAUCGAUGAGGACACAAGAGCUAUUGCAUCAAAUGUUGUAUAUAGUAUAGGACGUGAUCCAGCUACCUGGUUCAGAAUCAAUCAAAACACUGGUGAAAUCACACUCAACAAAGUUAUUAACCGGGAAUCAGUCUAUGUCAUCAAUGGGCAGUACAAAGCAGAGGUUCUGGCUAUCACCAGAGGGGUUCCUCGAUAUACUGCUACAGGCACCAUUGUGCUUUCACUAGAUGAUAUCAAUGCCAACUGCCCGACUAUUAAUACUGAAUUAAGGAAAGUAUGUAUGCAUUCCCCAUCAGUGAUUAUCACAGCAAAGCACAGGGAUGGAGGUCUAUAUGCUACGCCCUUUACAUUCACCAUACAUGGUGAACCUCAAACUACAUGGAUAAUCAGAUCAAUAAACGCUUCCUCUGCAGAACUAGUGAGUCAGAACAUUGACUUUUACCUUUAUAGGAUCUAUGUCACUGUAAGAGACAGCCAAGGCCGACGCUGCCCCAGACCACACAUAAUUCCUGUGCAAGCUUGUCAGUGUGAUAGUCGGAAUUACUGCACCAGUGGGGCCACAAAAAUAAUUAUCAUCGGUGGUGGUGGUGGUGGUGCUGGUGGUGGUGGUACUGGAGGUGGUGGCACUGAUACUGGUGGUGGUGGAGAAGGCCGGGAAGAUGGAGGAGGACAAGGUGGUGGUGAUGGUCAGACUAGACCCGGAGGAGGAGAUUAUGUGGACCACACAGACUGGCAGUCUUAUACUGAUGGAUACGAUGGGGGUGAGGGAGGAUAUACUGCACCCAUUGACGACAAUUAUGGAAAUGAAAAUUAUGGCAGAGACUACCAAUCACCGACCACACUUAGCGGUGCUGCCAUUGGCCUGAUGUUUCUUGGUGGAUUAAUAUUUGUUCUGAUUCCAAUUUUGAUGUCAAUGAGCGACUGUUGUGGCUGUGGACGUGGCGCUGCAGGUGGAGUUGGAACUGGAUUUGAACCUGUACCUGAAUGCACAGAAGGGGCAAUUCAUCCAUGGGGAAUAGAAGGUGCCCAGCCUGAAGACAGGGAUGUCUCACACAUUCUUGCCCCAACAACAGCUGCAGGAGGUGAUUUUGGUGAACCCUCUGAGAUAUAUAAUAACACAUACGGAGGAGGAGGAGUAGUAGCUUCCGGUGUUGAAGAAACUACAGGGGUUGGUUAUGGCACUGGUACCGGUUACGGAACAGCUGGAGGAAUUUCUGGAACAGGGGAAGUAAAAGGGUCAAUUGGAGGAACAAUAAAAGAGUAUCGAGAAGGAGGAGUGAACAUGGCCUUCCUAGACAACUAUUUCUCUGAGAAAGCAUUCGUGUAUGCAGAUGAAGAUGAAGGUCGGCCAGCAAAUGAUUGCCUAUUAAUCUAUGAUCAUGAAGGAGUCGGUACUCCUGUUGGCUCUGUGGGUUGCUGCAGCUUUAUCGGAGAAGAUACAGAUGAAACAUAUUUGGAUACAUUAGGACCAAAAUUUAGGACCCUGGCAGAGAUCUGUCUGGGCAAAGAGAUCGAACCUUUCCCUGAUGUCAACCCACCCUGGCCAGGCGUCAACGUCACCUUUCCCAACCCUGAAAGUGAUCUAAACCUCCCACCACCUGGAACCACCAUCGUUGUCAAUGGAAGUGCACCUAUGCCUCCCCCAGUUGGCACUACAACGGUUGUUACUGAAAACACCUACACAUCUGGGUCAACCAUACAGCCCCCAAGGCUGAUGCCAGAUCCCUUGCUCCACGGCAACAUGACGGUGACUGAGACCUACACCUCUGGCUCCCCCUCUCUUUGUGUUGACCCUCUGCGGGCAUCCAACGUCGUCGUAACAGAAAGGGUUGUUGGUCCUGCAUCUGCCUCUGAUUUGCGUGGCAUGCUAGAUAUCCCUGAUCUCACAGAUGGGUCCAAUGUUAUUGUCACCGAAAGAGUAAUCGCGCCUAACUCCCGGCUUCCAGCGUCUCUGAGCAUUCCCGAUCUGGUAGAUGGGUCAAAUGUGGUAGUGACAGAAAGGGUGUUCAGACCUGCCUCUGGCAUGCCAGGCAGCCUAAUAAAUAUCCCCUCAGAGUUAUCAAAUGCCCACAAUGUGGUGGUCACGGAGAGAGUAGUGUCAGGGUCUGGCAUGAGCAGCCUGGGAGGAACAAGCCUGGGGGGGGCAAAUCUGGGGGGCCUGAGCAGCACAGGUCAGAUGCUCAGUGCCGACUGUCACCUUGGACAGGCAAUGGGCACAGCAUCUCCAGGCACCUCCCGGAGACGAGUGACAAAGUACAGCACCGUGCAGUACUCCAGUCAGUAAGGCCUCUGCCAGCAUCCCUUCCCGCUGAAAUCGCCGUUUGCACUGACACUCAUUAGCUGCCACCCAUCAAGAAUAUUGUUAUUAUUUAUAACUAAGAAAUAGCGCUAAAAUUCCAGGGAUUCCUACUUGUGUGAGGAUUUCUGAAGGGUGCCCCAUUUCAAGGUUAAAUGCAGGACUUUGUCAGUGAAGGGAAAGCAGAAGUUAGCUUUAAAUCUAUUUAUUUCUCUCCAGCUAGCACUACAAGUGUACAAACAGACAUUAAUGUUUUUGGAGAGAGAUCUGAUUACCGAGCAGAGCAGUGAGAGAGGAUCCUUGUGUGCAUACAGUACAUCACGAAUUAACAUCAUACAAAAGAGUGUUAAAGUACUAUGCUGCUGAGUGAUCUCCCACAGUAAGCAGAUUUGGGUUAAUAGCCCCUCACUGACAAGAAAAGAAAAGAAUGUAAUUAAUAAUUAGUCAACUCAAGACUAAAUAAGCACUUUCAAAUGCAUCAUUUUACUUUGCAUGUAAUUCAAGAAGCGCUACAAAACGGCACUUUCAACCAUUUCUCCCAUCACCUACAAUAGUUAUAAAUAAUAAUUAUAGAAACAUAAUACAUUUUCACUGCUUUUUGAAGUUCUCAGUAAAACAAACACUCUGCCAGAGCCUGCCAUGCUGUUACUCUCAUGGUGAGGAGCGUGACCAGCGAUUCUUCGUAGCUCGUGCUGCCGUGUUGACACUGUCACGCAGGAAGAUGUUGGGUUUCAUCUUUUCUCCAUUACCAUUACAGCUUUGCUUAAAUAUAAAAGGACUUCAGUGACAACCGGGAACUCUUAGUCAGAAUUUUGUGCCAAACUAUGACUACCAUUUAAAUCUCCAAUGUCAGGUUAUACUAAGAGGGCUAUAAUACACCAUGCCAAUUCUCUUUUCUAAUACUGACAAGAAAAGAAAGUCUUAGAAGCUUUGCGGUGUUAGGAGGCAAUAGCAAGUACUGUAUCACUGACACUGGUAGCUGAAGUCUUCCUGAAAAGAAAAAAAACACUUGGAAGCAAUACAAAUUUGCUAAUAAGCAAUGUGGAGAACUUUUAUUUCAUAUGUCAAUGUAUUUUGCAUUGAUAUUUUGAAAGUUUAUUUGAAUGUAUUAAUUGAAAAAGUCUUUAUGAUUCUAUAAUUUUAAUUAAAUCUGGCUUUUAUUUUCCCACAAAAACAGCUCUACUGGACUCUGUUAUUCUAGUAGUACCUUAUCAUGGCUUAGAAUACAAUCCGAAGGAGCAAAAUACUGAAAUGUAGUUCCUAUCUCAUUUUCCUUCUGUAACAUAUGUAUAGUAACCCUAGUGUUUGCAACAUCACUUCAGUGUAAAUAAAAUAGAGUUAUAGAGAGGGACUAGCAUUUAUUGCUAGAUCACCAAAUCAGUAGUUACCCUCAAAUUUUACUUCUUCAGCUUUGACAGAUAGGUCACUGAAAAGUUUAAGAGUUGUGUGUGAACCUCCCAGAGUAUAAAAUGGAAAAGAAAUUUGCAUAUCCAGACUAACUUAUCUCAGAAUAAAUGAAUGACAAGUUUCUGAGUCUGAUAUCAAGAAAGGGUUUUUUAAAAGAUGCUUUUCAAAAUGCAACUAGACCUGCUGUCAGUAACAACCUGCAGUGCCCUCUAAGUCAAUGCCACUGCCAUUAACAUCAGUAAUCCCCAGGAGUUAUGACCAAAUUCAAGGCUACCUUGAGAAAAGGUCUCUUCCAUAGCCUUAAGUUCUUUUCUAAAGCAGCUGUGCAUGCUAAGUGUUCUUUCCCUAAUAUCUGUAGUAUUGUUGGUUCUGCUUCUUUGUUGGUUCUGCUUCUUUCUAUAGCCUUGCUUAUCUCAAGUAUCACUAAAAUUGCAUUGCCUUCAGAGGGAUUAGUCUCUCCUAUAAGUUAUGUACCAAUUGUAAUUACGGUUCCUGGAACCAUUCUUUAGAGAAGGAAAAGACGUACUAAUAUAUAAAGUUAUAUAUCCUUUUAUAUCUGGAGAAUUUGUGUGGAAAUCACUGAAAUGCUGACAAACUCCCCUUCAUUUUGGUAACCACCUGUUUACAUAAAAAACAUCAAACACUUGAAAUAUAUAUGAUUCUCGGGACAUUUAGAAAGCCUAUGCAAUACAGCCAAAGCCCACUAGAGAAAUUUUUUAAUGUAAAAAAAAAUAAAAAUGAAAUCUUGUGUAAAUAUUUCCAUAAUUGUCUUAUGCAAAUCAGAAAUAUUUUUCCUAAUUGUGUUUAAAGUAAUAAAAUUAGUCUUCAGGAGCACAUGCUGAAUUCCUUGAGCAGGAAUGUUGUGUGAAGUAUGAGUGUCUGAACUAUGGUCUCUUGCAUGUCUAGAAAUAGAAAGAGGAAGAAUUAAUAGAGAAAAAUUGUUGUUUCAAAGGACAGAUUUUGGUUAUGGAGUGAUUGUCUACUUCUAGUACUAUCUUUUACCAACUCUUUAAUUAUCAAUUAUUAUUUAAUACAAUUUUUUGAAAUAUUUCUAGCAUCUUUUAAUAUUGGUUUCUCACAUCAAACAGCAAUUACGUUAUCCCUCAGUGCAUUUCCAGUGUACUUCUGAAUAUUAAUUCCUAUUGCUGUGUAAUUUUUACAGACUUUCUUAAAAUUGUUCUCUUAGUGAAAUGAGGAUAUUUUUAGGCUACUACAAAUUGUGGGGAAAAAAUGUAUCUGAAGAUGUGAACAUAUCCUUGGUUCAUUAAAUAUUCUCUGCAAAUUCUUUUCCUAUCUUUAUUAUUAAAAAAAUAGCAUACAGUUUAAUCCUGACUAGCAGAUGCUAGUUUUGUUUCUUUUUUUCCAGUUGUAAUUUAGAAGCCUGCUUGCUGUCCUACCUUUAAUCAUACUGUUUAAUAAGGAAGAAUUAAUGGUUUUCAGGAAAGAAAGACAGUAGUGAUAUCAAUCCUGCUCUAAACCAUUCAAACAAAAAACCCUUAUUAAAGUGUAAGCAGCUUGCAACACCAAGUUUAUGACUUCCUUAUUUUUUUAACUUGGGUUUUCUUGGCAGCAGGAUCCUACAGUUUUAAACAGGCUCACUGACAUCUUGGCACGAUGAAAAAUAUACUGUCAUAGAAGAAAAGGGAGCCACAAGCUGAGGGUCUCAUUAGAUUUCUAUCGUGGGAAUAUGAUCUGAAUUUGAACUGCGAGUUUCAACACUUUUUACUCUGUCCUGAUUUUGUGGUAAUAAAUAACACUUUUAAACUGUUGUGAGAAGCACUUAGUAUGUGCAAUAUGAAAAGACCACACAAUUUAAGCAGCAAUGAAAAGAAGUCUAUUGUUUCGCUUGAAUUAACAUAACUGCAUAAUUCAAAUGAUCCUUACUAUUAAAUCACCAAAUGCAUCAUUUAAAUUUUAUUUAAAAUAUAAUUAAUAUUACAGUGGUUGUGUGUCUUCAUAAAUAAAAUAUUAGAGAUUUGUUUGUAAUAAUUUCUUAAUGGCACUGAAAAAAUACAAUAAAUGAUCAUUUGGAACAUCAUGUUUUAAGUA